CUUGGGUUUUUGGGUUUUGUGCCCGCCACCUGAUCGCGGGAGCCGUCGCCUUCCUUCCUCCUCCCCGCCGCCUCAGCCCUCAUGGUCAUGGAGACCGGAGACCCCGGGAAGCUGUUGCGCGGGCAUUCCCUCUCUCGUGUUCCUCCCGCUUCCCCUUUCCCUCGGCUCAGGCCUCAGGGAGAUUUGGUUAGGGCAGGGGACGAACGAGCGCGGGCGUCAGGUAUGCCGGGAGAGGAGGACGUCCGCAAGGUCUCGCGCGAGGACAUACAGCUUGUCCAGAACCUCAUCGAGCGUUGCCUUCAGCUAUAUAUGAACCAGAAAGAAGUGGUGGACACCCUAUCUUUCCAGGCAAAAAUAGAACCUAGUUUCACUGAGAUCGUCUGGCAGAGACUCGAGGAAGAGAACCGUGAUUUUUUUAAGGCAUACUAUGCGAGGCUGAUGCUUAUGAAUCAAAUAGUGUCCUUCAAUAAGCUUCUUGAGCAGCAGCAUCAGAUUAUGAAUAAAGAUCAUCAUUAUGGGAUGCCUGCUAUGCCUUCUACUGCUCCUAAUGGCUCAAACACUAACAUGUUGAACCAAGCCAUGCCAUUUCUGCCAGACACUAUCCCCAGUACUGCAAUGCAAGAUAACUUGUUGAGUAAUGGAGGUUCUAGUAGUAUAGUAAAUGGUGCUCCAUCCAAUGACCAGUGUAGCUAUUCUGGUAAAGUUGCUCAUGGCCUUCCUGGUGUCAUGGAUGCUUCAUCAAGCCUUCUAGCAGCACACAAAUCGACAGUUGGGCAGUUUAAUGGACACAAUGGAACAACGACAAAGACAGAGUCUGACUACUCAAGCAACUCAGAUUUUGGAUUAGGCAAUGAGACCGUGUUCCUGGAGCAGUCAUUUGGAGAUAUAUCAGGUGGAUCGUUUAGCAGCUCUGAGUUGAAUGGACAACCAGUAGGUUCAUCUUCGUAUGGUUUCUUGAGCCAGAUUCCUUGUAAUUUCAGCCUUUCGGAUUGGACAGAUUGUUUCAGCCAAAGCUCAGAAAUUUUUGAGAAUUACGGUGGGUCCCCUUUCAUCCCUUACGAUGCAAAUAACAUCCCAGAGUCUAGCGCUCGAGAAAAUACAGGUUGAGCAGUGUUCCAUUUGUACAUACUAUUUUGGGCAGAAACAAAAAUAUCUACAGUCGUGAUCGUGGAACUAGCUGACUUGGUGGCAACCGUUUCUUUUUCUGUUAUAGGUUUUGAUGCUUCUUAGAGUAGAAGCAUGGAUGGCUUCUUUUGAAGGGUAGGACCAAAUAAUCUGUCAUUGAAUGGUGUCAACAAAAUCAUCUUCUGAGGG